AUGGCGGCACCCGCGACGCGGAGCCGCUACCUCCUGAGGCUCACUGUGACUCUGGGUCCCAGGUCCCGCAGCUACCAUGCGCCUCCGCCCCCGCGCCGCCGCCCCGCGCCCCACUGGCCAGAUCGGGAGAACCUGAUGACCCCGCGAUGGCAGCUAACGCCGCGUUAUGCGGCCAAGCAGUUCGGGCGGCACGGCGCCAUCUCCGGGGUGCCCCCCGCCUCCCUGUGGCCUUCCUCAGAGCAGCUGUGCGAGUUGGAGGCCGAGGAGCGAGAAUGGUACCCAAGCUUAGCGACCAUGCAAGAGUCGCUGCGCGUGCAGCAGCAGGCCGCGGAGGCAAGGCGUCAAGCCAGAGAGCAGCAUAUUGCAGAGUGCAUGGCCAAGAUGCCACAAAUGAUUGAGAACUGGAGAAAGCAGAAGCGAGAACGCUGGGAGAAAAUUCAGGCUGACAAGGAGCGGAGGGCCCGGUUACAGGCUGAGGCCCAGGAACAACUGGGCUAUCAUGUGGACCCAAGGAGUGCCCGAUUCCAGGAACUAUUACAGGACCUAGACAAGCAGCAGCGCAAGCGCCUAAAGGAAGAAAGGCAGCGACAGAAGAAGGAGGCUCGAAUUGCUGCCAUGGCCUCUGCUGAAGGCCAGGAUUCUGCUGAAGCCCAGGACUCAGCAGCGUCUGGUAAACCCAGCUCCUGAGAGCUCCUUUUCCAAUAAAGCCAGCUGCUGACAGCCCACAUUCUACACAUUCUCCCACAGGUUGUGACUUCCUGGGUCCCCUGGCUCAUUCCCCAACACCUGGAGUAGGAGAAUCCCUCUGCUAGGCUGUGUUCACACCUGGACACUAGGCCAUGUCAUGCACUGAGGCUUGGGGAGAGAGGAGACUGGAUGGGCAAAUAAUGACGGAGCAGAUGGCAGUAGAGGAGGCUUCUGUUUACCAACAUUAAUCUCCAGUAAUUAGCCAAUUACCAGGGGGAGUACAGCCAAACAGACUACAGAUAGAAGGAGCAGCAGCCAUUCUAGGGCUGAGCUGGGGCAGGGGCCCAACUUUCCAGAGGGCAGAGAUUCUGAGACCCCCCUCAUAGGCUCCUUCCCCACUUCUCCGAAUGCCCACUUCACCUGUGCCCCGGCCAGCUCAGACUCACAAACAGGUGUGAGAAGCUCCAGUAGGCAUGAACCAUUAUUAGGGCUCAUUUUUUAAAACUUUAUUCACUUCAAAACCUU